UAGCGGCGCAGAUCCUUAUCCAGCCACUACUCCUGAGUCUAUCUUUAUUUCAACCCGGUGGUCAAACAGCCGCGCAGUUGGCCCUAUCGCAGCCACAGGCAUCGCACAGAUUACGUCAAGGUUUCUGUAGGGUUUCCGAAACCCUCAAAUCCGCUCCGCUUUCGGAGUUCCGUAUGCUUUGCUCCGUCGGGAGCGUCGAUCGCAGCCUCGAGGCGGAUCAAAGCUCGAACCAGAAAGAGAGGCCUCAUCAGUGUUUUGAUGGAUAGUCUUUGAUAUGAGAGAAACACCGAGUUUUGGUUCGAGGAAAACACCGAGACUUGGAGAUAUAAAAGACGUCUCUGCCCUCUGCUGUCUAGUAAACUAAGCAUAGUUCCUAGUCAAGACAAUCGUUCCAUAUUGUCGAAUAAAUCACAUCAAAGCAAUGACCUCCUCCGAACCUCUCCAGGCUCGCUAUAAACCUCUUGGCAACAGCGGCUUCCGCGUAUCAGUUCCGAUUGUGGGAUGUAUGGGCAUCGGAUCUUCGAAAUGGCUUCCGUGGGUCUUGGAUCCCGAGGACGCUGCCCCGAUCUUGAAAGCCGCCUACGAUCUUGGUGCAACAUCUUGGGACACUGCCAACAUCCAGAUCCUGACGAAAUGCUUCAGCUACACCGCCAAACCCGGCACGAAGCUGACCGGUUUCCUCAACUCGACCGACCACACUCGCUACUCGAACCACAUGGGCCUCUCUCGCGCCGCCACCUAUGAACAAGCGACUCCGAUCGAGGAGACCAUGCGCGCCCUGCACGACCUCGUCCAGGCUGGCAAAGUGCACUACAUCGGCGCGAGCAGCAUGUUUGCCUAUCAAUUCUCAAUGAUGCAGUCCUGCGCCGGACGCGUACAGAAAGUCGCAGAGAAGUUGGACUGGCCGAUGGCAGACGUCGCCCUCGCAUGGGUCCAGUCAAAGGUCUCCAGUCCCAUCGUCGGAGUCACUUCGAUCAAGAGAAUCGAGGCCGCCGUCGCUGCUGCUCACAAAUCGCUUGAUCCUGAAGAUAUAGCCUACUUGGAGGAGCCUUACGUCCCGCGAAAUAUCUCCGGAUUCCGCUGA